CACUCAUAGAAAACACGAAUUUGUAAACAUUGUGUCUUGGGCUUAACAUUCGGAACUCCAGCUGGGCAAUGUUUUGGAAAAUGAUUUUAGAACACUUUACAAAAGUAAAACUACUCCAAAACCGUUGAGUGAAAUUAUCAUCAAUGAUUGUUGCCUUGAAAUUCCCAGCGAAAUUUUCAUAUUUAUGUUGUUUACGUCUGAAGUGAUAAUUGGAUUUCUAAAUUACAAAUAGCAGAUUUGACCAUGCUGUGUCCGUAAACUUGUCAAUGUUUACUAGAAAAUAUGCUCAAGUUGUUUUUGAAAAGUUAUGAACAACUUCUUUGUUCCACUAUGGCUCAUGAAAUUUCACACAAGUUUUGCAGAAGGAUGCUCAGUAUUUCUGGUACAUGGAAACUUAGCAGGAUCAAAGGUAUUCGAAAUUGUGUCCUCCUGUUAGUUCCAGCUCCCUAUAUGCCAUCCAGGAGUCUUUUUCAUCCUUCAUCGCAAGUUCAUAUGCAUAUUGAAAGAAAUUUUCAUCUUGCCCUUGUAAUAAGUUCAAAAGAUGAUCUAAAUAGCAGAAGUAGUGACUCUUCUAAACUUUCUCGAGCAGGAAAGUUGAAGAAUGAGAGACAAAAGGUAGAUUAUACCAAGAUAUUUACAGAAAGAAAUUUUAUCACUCCUCUUAGAGCCAUGAAUGAUUAUCUUUUGAAACCAAGUGACCUUGAAAUGUUGAGAAAGAUCGAGAGACGAAGCCCUUUUGAAGAUAACCCACCUAUUAAUGUAUAUCUGCGACGUGAUGUUGAACAAAAAUCAAUUGAAGUUUGGGGAAGUCAAGAGGCCUUGCAACGAGAAUUGAAGAAACGACAAGAAGAAGAGCGGCUUCAUAAAGAUACCCUUUUUAAUGUGAAAAGAAUUUUAAAGGAAUACACAAGGUCAACCAUGCAUGAAGAAGAACGAAAGCGUCAAGAGAUGAUACUAAGAACAUCUGGAAGAGUUGUGAUGACUGCUGUGAUAAUAAACGCUACAAAUUUUGCCUUAAAACUCCUUGCUUGGCUUUAUACUGGUUCCCAUAGUAUGUUUGCAGAAGCUAUUCAUUCCUUAGCUGAUACUGGAAAUCAGCUUUUACUUGCAUAUGGUAUUAAAAAGUCACUCCAAACACCAACGCAGUAUCAUCCGUACGGUUAUCACAACAUGCGAUAUGUUGCUUCACUUGUUAGUGGCGUUGGAAUUUUUUUUCUUGGAACUGGGCUCUCUAUAUACCAUGGUGUUAUGGGCAUUUUAAAUCCUGAUACAAUGGAAUCAUUAUUGUGGGCAUAUGUUGUUCUUGGAGGCUCUCUGGUUUCGGAAGGAGGAACUCUUGUGAUGGCAUUUAGAGAAACAAUUAGAGGAGCUAAACGUGAAGGAAUGACUUUUGCUCAAUAUGUUCUUCGUGGUCAAGAUCCAAGUGUAAAUGUGGUGCUGUUAGAAGACAUAGCUUCUGUAAUAGGCAUUGGUAUAGCUGCGACAUGCAUGGGAUUAACCUCUUAUACUGGUCUGCCUUUUUAUGACGCUGUUGGCUCUCUUGUUGUUGGUGGAUUACUAGGUGCUGUUGCCUCUUUCAUAAUUUAUACCAAUACUGCUGCAUUGGUUGGAAGAUCAAUUCCAGCAGAAAGGUUGCAAGAAAUAAAUAAGGAAAUGGAAAAUGAUGUCAUGAUUCGGGCUAUUCAUGAUGUAAAAGCUACCGACAUGGGAAACAAUUAUGUUCGGUACAAAGCAGAAGUUGAUUUUGAUGGAAGGCAGCUUUCACGGUCAUACUUGGAUUCUCAAGAUUUAGAUGCUUUACUGCAAGAAAUGCAGAAUUUGAAAUCUAUUGAAGAUGUGGAAUUAUUUAUGUUGAAGCAUGGUGAAAGCAUAGUGGAUAUGCUUGGUGGCCAGAUUGAUAGAAUUGAAAUUGCUUUAAAGAAAAAGCAUCCUGAAAUUCGGCAUGUUGAUUUAGAAGUUCUGUAACUACUUCAUAAAAGUAUGAACUGUAGAAAUGUAAAUACUUGUACUUACUAAUGAUCAAAGUUGUAUAAUAUUGAAAAUUGUUAUGUGCUAUGAAUGAAGCAACUUGUAUAUGUAGAACGUUUUUACAAAUGCUCUUCCUUUUAUAAUUUAUGUUUAAAUUGAUGGUAUUGUGAAAUCUACCUAGAAGUAAAUAAACUGAAGUGAAAAACUUUGCUCUAAUUUGUUUAAAGGUU